AUGGCUUCUGGCGGGAAAGGGGUCUUCUGGAAGGACGAGGAGGUCCACGCGCUGCUGAACCUGGUCCUUCGUUCUAGAAAGGCUGGGGUCCUCAUGAAGAGCACCCACCUCCCCAACAGACAACACUUCAGCCGCAUCGCCGUGAGAAUGCGCGAGGCCGGCUUUGUCAGAAGCACCGAACAAUGCCGGUCCAAGUUCAAGCGUGUCAAGGGGGCUUUCUAUGAUGCCUUGGAGUCAUGGCAAGGGAUUCCGAGGCAGAGUGGGAAGCCCCCUUUUUUCAAUGACAUGAUGAGGCUUUGGGAGGCCGCGGGAAAGCCAAGCUGGAGGGAUCGCUACCACGGUGCUGCAAUAAGGAGGAGAGACGAGCAGGCAAGUCAUCCCGGAGAGACAGAGGAGGAGGCACGGGGUGAUUUGGAACAAUCAUCUGAGGAAGAGUCCCCCCCUGUGAGCACCGUGCCUGAGCAGGAGCCGCCAAAUCCAGAUCUUGUGGAGGAGCAGCCAUGCUCAUCGACGGCAUGCCAACCGGGACCAUCCACACCUGCUGUGCCAGGGCCUGCAACUGGGGCACGAGGACGCACUAUCGAUGACCUCUUUGCAUUGGUGGAGAGCAUGGAUGUGCGCACCACCGCAUCACUCAACAGCAUCCAAAGACGGAUGUCCACCUACGAGGGAAGGAUGAUGCGGUUUGGUCGUAGGAUGGACAGCAUGGAGAGGAGGCAAAGAGAAAUGGAAGAGUCACAGUCUUCUGCAAGGCAUGCCGAGGGUCCAGCCAAUCCAUGA